AUGGGGAAGACAAAAGACAAUAUCAUAUCGAGAUUAGACUUGCCUUCAAUAUGCAAUCGGCCUCAUUUACAUGUCUUACCAAGUGGAAGAGGUCCAAUCCCUAGAUUCAGAUUAGAUGGAGAUGCUAAGGACGCAUUAUUUAGGUGGAUUGUACGAAAAGUUAAGUUCCCUGACAGAUACGCUUCCAACCUACGAAACUGUGUUGACAACCAAGAAGGUAUUAGUGCUUUCUUCAUUACAAGAUCACUGACGCCAGCUGGUAUCAGGCAAUUAGCUGACAAUAUACCAGUUCUAAUAUGUAAUCUUGAAAAAAUAUUUCUGCCCUCUUUUUUUCGAUGUGAUGGCGGUGGAGAAAAACCACAUUACAUAAACCAAGUUCCAGAUAUAUUCUCACAAAUUAGGCGGUUAAGCGGGAAACCAACUAAGCGGUGGCUGACGGAAGUUGAACUAAAACACUUGCAUACCUACAUUUUGUUGAAUUGUGAGGAACUAUGGCCAUAUGAGAGGAUUUAUUUGGAGCAGUUACGAACAUCUUAUCCACAUUAUGAUGAGGAAACACUUGCCACUAAAAAACAAAAUGAAUUUGUACAAUGGAUGAAAUUCUAUGUGCACACAUGCAACAAUAGAGGUGAGCGAUUACAUACCUGGCUAGAAGAGUUGGUAGAUGGUCCAUUGUCGCUUGCACAAAGUUCACCGACUUACUACACACGUUGAUAUGCAUUCAAAGUGUUCUGAGAGGGAGAGAACAGAACAACGAUCAAUUCUGGGAUUAGUACGC